GGCGCCAGUGCAGGGGGCGGCGGCGGCGGCGGAGUGGCGACGUCACGCUGAACGCACCUAGAGCAGCCGGUCGGCCUGUAAACAAAAACACAAUGAUUUCAUAGCGGCUACAGCAGAUUCUGGAGCCUGAGUGGGGAGCGCACACAAAACCAGUCCCUGGAGGACUGUUCCGAUCGUAAACCGCCGGAUUACUCAGCUAGGACAGGUACUGAGGAAUGGCUUGUCUAAUGGCUGCGUUUUCUGUGAACAACACAUUGGUCACAAAUUCAAUAAUUAUGAAUGCAAAUGGGCCGCCAGAUCUGAUGGUGGAGCCCAGGAAUGUGUGUGUGUCCAUUGACGAGGUUGUGUCGAAUGGGGGCGCUCAGAAGACCCCGCUGAUGCAUGAAAAUGGCCUGGCUGAAUCCCAGCGCUUUUCUUACCUGCCGCGACGUCCGGCAGUCAAUAUCGAAUUCAAAGAUGUGUCGUACUCAGUCCCCGAAGGACCGUGGUGGAGGAGGAAAGGUUACAAGACCCUGCUGAAAGGCAUCUCUGGGAAUUUCACCAGUGGUGGACUGGUGGCCAUCAUGGGUCCCUCUGGGGCUGGGAAGUCUACGCUCAUGAACAUCUUGGCCGGCUACAGAGAGACGGGGAUGAAGGGGGAGAUCUUGAUCAAUGGGCAGCCACGUGACCUGCGCUCCUUCCGGAAGGUGUCCUGUUACAUCAUGCAGGAUGACAUGCUCCUCCCACAUCUGACAGUUGAGGAGGCCAUGAUGGUGUCUGCGAAUCUCAAACUUCAGAGGAAGGAUGAAGGGAGACGGGAAAUGGUCAAAGAGAUCCUGACUGCUCUCGGCUUGCUGCAGUGCGCCAAGACGCGCACAGCAAACCUGUCAGGGGGGCAGAGGAAGCGGCUCGCCAUCGCGCUGGAGCUGGUCAACAACCCACCCGUCAUGUUCUUCGACGAGCCCACCAGUGGCCUGGACAGCUCCUCCUGCUUCCAAGUGAUCUCGCUCUUGAAGGCUCUGUCCCAGGGUGGGAGAACAAUCAUCUGUACCAUCCACCAGCCCAGUGCCAAGCUCUUUGAGCUCUUUGACAAGCUCUACGUCCUGAGCCAAGGCCAGUGCAUCUAUCAGGGAAAGGUGUCCAGCCUUGUUCCAUACCUAAGGGAGCUGGGACUCAACUGUCCUACGUAUCAUAACCCUGCAGAUUUUGUGAUGGAGGUGGCCUCAGUGGAAUAUGGGGAUCAGACGGCCAGACUGGUGAAGGCCGUGCAGGACCGGAUGAGUGAAAGGAACUACAGGAUAGAGAAGCAGGACGACAACCUCAUCAAGCCCGACCUGUGGCAGAAACCCAUGGAUGAGGAUUCUUCCUCCACGGAGGGAUGCCACAGCUUCUCGGCCAGCUGCAUGACUCAGUUCUCUAUCCUUUUCAAGAGGACAUUUCUCAGUAUCAUGAGAGAUUCGGUACUGACUCACCUGCAGAUCACCUCUCACAUCGGAAUCGGCAUCCUGAUCGGGCUUCUCUACCUGGGUAUCGGCAAUGAGGCCAAGAGAGUUCUCAGCAACUCCGGCUUCCUCUUCUUCUCCAUGCUGUUCCUCAUGUUCGCUGCGCUCAUGCCCACUGUGUUGACAUUUCCUCUCGAGAUGGGGGUUUUUCUAAGGGAGCACCUGAACUACUGGUACAGCCUGAAGGCCUACUAUCUUGCCAAGACCAUGGCUGAUGUUCCCUUCCAGGUGGUGUUCCCAGUGGCCUACUGCACCAUCGUCUACUGGAUGACAUCACAGCCCUGCGACGCCCUCCGCUUCAUACUCUUCCUGUCCCUGGGGACCAUGACGUCACUGGUGGCCCAGUCUCUGGGGCUGCUAAUAGGGGCAGCCUCUACCUCCCUGCAGGUAGCUACGUUUGUUGGUCCAGUGACUGCCAUCCCUGUGCUGCUGUUCUCUGGGUUCUUUGUCAGCUUUGACACCAUACCAAAGUACUUGCAGUGGAUUUCCUACGUUUCCUAUGUCAGGUAUGGUUUUGAAGGAGUGAUCCUGUCCAUCUAUGGGCUGAACCGUGAAGACCUCCAUUGCGAUGACGAGGACACAUGUCACUUUCAAAAGUCAGCAGCCAUCCUAAAGGAACUUGAUGUAGAGAAUGCCAAGCUGUACCUGGACUUCAUCGUGCUGGGCAUCUUCUUUGUCCUGCUCCGUCUCCUUGCCUACUUUGUCCUGCGCUACAAGAUCAGAUCUGAGAGGUAGACCAAGGCAGUGAAAGGGGACACAGGGGCUCAUGGGAAAGUUGGUGAAACUCUUAGCUACAGGACAUCCAAGACCCCUCCUGCAGACAGUCCACCCAAAGACCAACUCUUUUGUGGGUGCAUUCUGGGAGUUGUUGUCUUGUUCUCCUAAAUGGUAAGACCAUCAACGGACAGAGGAGUCUCAUCAAAUGGUGGGGACACCGUACCUUUAAGACCCUUUAAGGUGUAACGUAUUUCGGUUUUAAAAUGAACCAAACCUUUGUUUGUAAAAUGUUAGGUUUUGAAAAUCAGGAUGUGAUAGUAACUUUUGUUUGAAUUUAGGAGACAAGGAAAUAGGAAAGCUUUCCACUAAGUGGGACUUUCCCACACCAGCAUCACAUGAUCCUAGAAAUAGCAAGAUAUAUUUUUGUCUUCUGGUCACCCGAAAGGGAGCCUGUAGAGGUCCUCUCCCAGGGAGAGCACACCUGUAUAUCAGUCUUACUUUCUGCACACUUAUGCCUUCCUGCAGGUCAGAGAAAGAGGGGCUGUGCUCCCAGUUAGCGAGUCUUGCACAGAUGAGGGCUACCCCAACCCAGGCCGCAGAUCACUGUGUGCCAGUCUGAGAGGCAAAGCAUACGACUUUUAAUAGCUACUUCAUUCUGGUCAUGAAAACAGAAGUUUUUAGAAUUCAACUACCGGCCAUUUUAAAUAUGUCCAUUCCACACUGCAUUCAUUUUUCUGCCUUUGGCGAUCCAUUAUUUUCUGACUAAAGAAGUAGGCCAGUUAAUAUUUUUCUAGUGAAAUAUUUUACUUGCAAAAGUAAAUGUAGUUUUUUAAUGCACAUCUUUCGGGUGGAAAAUUGAGCAGCCGUCGUCUCCUUUAUACCGAGAACCCAGUGCGCGCUUAAGGACAGAGGCAUGACCAGUCUUAGGAUAUGACGUCUGAAAAACAAGCUCGGGAUUCUGACUCCUCUGUUCCAAUUCUUAGGCACCGCUUUCUGAAGUGUGGUUGGUAGCUGUUUACAUGUACAGGACUCCUGUGCAUACAGCGAUGAGAAAUCACUGAUCAGAGCUUGGCACUAAUUGUUGCUAUUUUCAUUACACAGCACAUUAUGAAUGUAAUACCUGUUAAGAAGAAAGACCUUAGUCUGCGGUAACUAGAGAAAGAAAUCCAUGCCAGUUGUUCUUCUCCCGCAGUCUCCCUAACAGUGCACGUACUGCAGAGUGACACUAUCCCAUACGCAAUGUCUUAUGGCCGCAGUACUGAAUAUAGCUUUUACAGUCAAGGCAAAAAUAAAUGCAAUCUCCAAACUGCCAACUAGCUGUGUAUUUUGUGCUCCUUUUCCAAAAAGCUGGAAAAUAUGACCAAGAUUUGGAAGGUCAGGCUUGUCUUUGACACAAGCGUUAACACUGCUUUACGAUUGUGUGCAUUUAAGGUUUCAGCUCAGUGAAUGAUUUUCAGUGUGUAUUGCACCUUGCAUAUUUAAGAUUGCGUACUUCUACUUGACAAGUUUGCAGCAGCGCCCUCUGCUGGCGACAGAGGUCUACUCACUGUUUUGAAAAUGAGGAAACAAUGUUUAUGUUGACCGUUUUUUUCCUGUAUCGAUUGAUAGAUUUUACAUGCUUUUCAUUCAGUUUGUAAGAAAAUGCAUUAGUUCGUUCAUUUAUUUAUUGUGUACAGUAUUUGUUUUAUUUUUCCCUGGUUAAAUUCUAAUUUUUGUUUUAAAAGUUCCUGUAAGAGAACUGUGUUGUAAUGAAAUCAUUCUGUAGAAACAUAAAUAAAGUUUCUAUGCUUUGUUAGAUAA